GAUACCCUACGAGAGUUGAAAGUAGAGUGCAUUUGGUGCCUUAAAGUUUGAGAAUCUGAAUCCCACGUUUCUCUCCCUGUAGAUCUCUCUCCACUCUUAUUUCAUGACUCGUCUGAGGAAACUCGGCACCGCCAUUGGAGCUGCCGCUGCCACAGCUUAUGGCGGCGCAAUCAUUCUCUCUCCUCCAUUUUCAUCCAACGAUCAUGGAUCUCAGCUCGCUUCCUUCGAACAGAAGAUCCACGAUCCUGCCGCCGUCCUCCCGUCCAGAGAGGUUCAGAAGUCGUCACUAAUCGGUACGAGCUCCGUUAAACCUCUUGAUAUUCUCGUUAUAGGCGGCGGAGCAACCGGUUCCGGCGUUGCACUGGAUGCCGCGACACGUGGACUCCGUGUGGGGCUCGUAGAAAGAGAGGAUUUCUCUUCUGGAACGUCUUCUCGAUCCACAAAGCUCAUACAUGGAGGUGUUCGUUACUUGGAGAAAGCUGUGUUCAAACUUGACUAUGGCCAACUGAAGUUAGUAUUCCAUGCGCUGGAGGAGCGUAAACAGGUUAUUGACAAUGCACCACACCUAUGCCAUGCUUUACCUUGCAUGACACCAUGUUUUGACUGGUUUGAAGUAGUGUACUAUUGGAUGGGCUUGAAAAUGUACGAUCUCGUAGCAGGAGCCCGGCUUUUGCAUUUGUCAAGAUACUAUUCUACGAAAGAGUCCAUUGAGCUCUUUCCCACUUUGGCAACGGAAGGAAAAGGUAGAAACCUGAGGGGCACAGUUGUUUAUUAUGAUGGUCAGAUGAAUGAUGCACGACUGAAUGUUGGAUUGGCUUGCACGGCUGCGUUGGCUGGUGCAGCAGUGCUGAACCAUGCUGAAGUUAUAUCCUUAUUGAAGGAUGAUGUUGGUGAACGGAUAAUUGGUGCACGAAUUAGGGACAAUUUAACUGGCAAAGAGUUUGAUACCUACGCAAAAGUAAUUGUGAAUGCAGCUGGUCCAUUUUGCGAUUCAGUAAGGAAAAUGGCUGACAAAAAUGUACGAGACGUGAUUUGUCCAAGUAGUGGUGUACAUAUUAUACUCCCCGAUUAUUAUUCUCCCGAGGGUAUGGGCUUAAUUGUUCCUAAAACUAAGGAUGGACGCGUUGUUUUUAUGCUACCUUGGCUGGGAAGAACUGUUGCUGGAACUACAGAUUCAAACACUCCCAUUACUUUUCUUCCAGAACCACAUGAAGAUGAAAUACAAUUUAUAUUGGACGCCAUAUCUGACUAUCUUAAUGUUAAGGUUCGACGCUCUGAUGUUCUUUCUGCCUGGAGUGGCAUUCGACCGUUAGCAACGGACCCAUCAGCUAAAAAUACUGAAAGCAUCUCAAGGGAUCAUGUUGUGUUUGAAGAUCACCCUGGUUUGGUCACCAUUACUGGUGGCAAGUGGACCACAUAUCGCAGCAUGGCUGAAGAUGCUGUUAAUGCAGCUAUAAAGGCUGGGAAACUGAUCACCACCUGUGGAUGUGUGACCAACAACCUAAGAAUUGUUGGUGGUGAAGGGUGGGAUCCAGCUUCUUUUACAGUUCUCACACAACAGUAUGUACGCAUGAAAUUAACACACGGGGGGAAAGUUGUUCCUGGGGUAAUGGACACUGCUGCAGCAAAACAUUUGUCUCAUGCAUAUGGAACGUUGGGUGAACGUGUGGCCACCAUUGCUCAGAAUGAAAAUUUGGGUAAGCGGCUUGCUCACGGUUACCCUUUUUUGGAGGCUGAGGUGGCUUACUGUGCUCGCCAUGAAUACUGCGAAUCAGCCAUUGACUUCAUCGCAAGGAGGUCUCGACUUGCUUUCCUUGACACUGAUGCAGCGAGACGGGCAUUACCUCGCGUGAUUCAAUUAUUGGCAGCUGAGCAUAAGUGGGACAAAUCAAGGCAAAAGGAAGAGCUGCAGAAGGCUAAAGAUUUUUUGGAGACUUUUAAAUCCUCCAAAAAUGCUCAGUUCUAUGAUGGGAAGCACAAUUGAUAAUAAGUACUGUUGUUGAUCAACCCACGAUUUGUACAUAGAAUUCUGCUGUUGUAAUUUUCAACUUUUCCACUGGUGCUGGGAUCAAAAGGGAUAAAUAACAUAAAUAACAAUGUAUGUAUAGUUACAUAAUUGUUCUACGGUUGUAUUUGCAGGGUUUGUGUCAAAAUGUAUAUGAAUCUGAGGGUUUAUCUAGCAACCCCCUUUAGAAAAGCACUAUAUUAUCUUAGUUGAAAUUACAAAUUUUAUGCUAAAUGAUAGUAAUUGAGCAGCAAAA